AUGGCACUCCAGGACCCACCCAUAUACCCCGACCUCAAGGGCAAGGUCGUCCUGAUCACUGGCGUAGGCCAACAAGGCGACCCCAACAUGUGGGGCAACGGCGCCGCAACCGCCAGUGUGUUCGCCUUGCAAGGUUGCAAGAUCUUCGGCUGCGACCUCAACCUCCCCUCCGCGGAGAGCACACAGCGGCGAAUCGCGGCCCAAGGCGGCGACAUGACCGUCAUCCAAGCCGACGUCACCAAGAUUGACCAAGUGAAAGCUCUCGUGGAGGCCACCGUACAGAAAUACGGCCGCAUCGACGUGCUCACUAACACUCCCCCACCCGACAGCAACGUCGGCAUGUCCCAACCUGGCACCCCCGCCAGCAUGCCCGAACCCGUCUGGGACGCGCAAAUGGACGUGAACCUCAAAUCCGUGUACCUCCUAUGCCACCACGUCCUCCCGCUCAUGGAAUCCCAGGGCUCCGGCGCCAUCAUCAACAUCGCCUCCAUCGCCGCGCUGCGCUACAUCGGCAAGCCGCAGAUCGCCUACUCGGCCACCAAAGCCGCGGUGAUCCAAUUCACAAAGGCCACGGCCAUCAUGUACGCGAAGAAGGGGGUGCGACUGAACGUCGUGGUGCCGGGGCUGAUCCACACGCCGCUGAUCGGGAGUUUGGCGGACAAGUAUGAGGGCGGGGAUGUGGAGGGGUUGAUUCGGAAGAGGGAUGCGAGCGUGCCGCAGGGGAAGAUGGGCGAGAGUCAUGAUGUGGCGUAUUCGGUGUGUUUUCUGGCGAGUCAGGCGGCGAGGCAUAUUACGGGCCAGAAAUUGGUCGUGGAUGGCGGGAUGGUGGUGAAUUCGGCGCCGGGGUAG